AUGCUAAGGUCUCUUCAUGUAGCACGGUCGUCACUGCGACAUUCCCAAAGCUUGCGUCAAUUGUCAUUCAUGUCUCAGUGUCACCGGUCGUCAUUCCCGAGACAAGCUAACAAGAAGAAUGAUUUACGUAAAAGGAAGGAGAAGGACAAGGAACCAUUCUUAAUUAAGGUUGUUGAACCCAUAUAUUCUUUGCCCAAGCCACGGACGGAUGUUAUUAAGGCCUAUUUCCCGGGAAAAGUGUACCGCUCGACGUCACAGGAUGUGGUAUUCCGAGCUAUGGCGGGAACACAGCCAUUACGGUCCUUAAGGUAUUAG